CAAAAUCUAUUAAAAAUUUGAUUUUAAUUCUCAUCAAAUAUAACCUUAAUUGAGUGGCUCAAAUGAUAAUGGCAUGCGCUCGAAAUUCCAACCAAUACCAUUGAUUUGUCUAGUCAGAGCUCAGAUAAUUCUUAUUAGAAGCUCGGCCAAAAGAUUUUCAUCAAAUCAAUAAAUUUGCCCCCUCCAACAGUUGAAAUCUUUCACCUCUGAAAAUCCCUGUUCUUGGAAAACAAAUGGCCAGGAAACCAAAACCAAAACCUUCUUUUUUCAAGGUCUUGAUUGGCAACUUCACUCCUCGAUUGCGAUUGCCGGCUCUGUUUGUGUUGAAUUAUGGUGAAAUAUUGCCUGAAAAUGUCACUCUCACGACCAACAGUGGAAAAUCGUGGAAUGUGAAAUUAGAACUAGACGAGGGGGAACAUUAUUUCUCCCAAGGAUGGGUCAAAUUUGCUGAGGAUCUUGACCUGAAAAUGGGGACAUUUCUACUAUUUCAGCUUGUUGAUAACUCGACGUUUAAUGUCUUAGCAUAUGGAUUAAGUGGCUGUGAAAUGGAAUUUGAAGACGGUGAAAGCCAGACUGACGAUGCUGAACCUGAAGAAGUGCCCCUUCGACGCUCUGCCCGCAAUGUGAAGGGGAAACAACCAGUCUACUCUCUGAAGAAAGAGGCUUGGACUAUUUGCGAUCAUAAACCUGAAAGUUCUGCUGAAACAACGAACCCACAAUUCUAUUUAACUCUGAAGGAACAUCAUCGAUAUCGAGUGACCCUUUAUAAGGAAUUUGCCACUGAGACUGGAUUAGCUUACAAAAAAGCCGUGGUGUUGGAGGAUCCACAUGGGCGUUAUUGGUCUGUUGCACUGCACUGGGCAAAGACUAGAUGGUUUAAGCUUGAAAUGGCUUCCGGCUGGUCGGAAUUCCGUAAAGCAAAUAGAUUAGCCUUUGGGGACACCUGCUCGUUCGAGUUCAUUCCUAGUAAGAAUGUCAUUCGGGUUACGGAGAUCGAGCAUGAAAAUUAGCUAGGAAAUGCGUCAUCCUUUUGUUAUUGCCUUGAAUCCUUAGUGGUUUUAACAACAGCAGAUGGUGUCUGCUGCACCUGUGUAAUAUGCCAAGGGCAAAACCUGUCUCUUUUUUCUGCUGUGUUUUCAAAUGGGAUGAUUUGCGUACAA